UAACUGAACGCGCUUUUGUAAAUAUGUCCUCCUUAUAAAUAAAUUACUAUUAUUAUUAUUGAGCGCACUGAAUCCGCGACACGUUACGUCCAUUAAAUGAAGCAAAACUUUGUUUUCCUGCUGGGAAGGACGGCCUGUAGCUUCUCGGCCUAGCCUAGCCUAGCUUAGCUUCGUUUAGCUCGCGCUGACAAAGGAGAUCAUGUUUAAGGGAUUGAAGUGAUUGUCGGCUGAAUAUGUCUGCAAAAAGGACACCCAAGCAGACGAAGGGGCAACGAGUUGUGCUACAUGAUGCAGCUUUUCCUAACCCUGAAUGUUGGCCGGCUUGUGUGUCGCAGACUUGAGUGAAAGCUAUUUCCCUCCUUCCAUCAAAGAAGAGGAAGUGGACCUGGAAGUCUUUCACAUUAAAGAGGAAGAUCAUCCGCAACGUUCUCAUGUCCUAAAGGAGGAGGAGCCUUUAAUCCCGAGUAAAAAGGAGGCAGAUUCAACCGAGUCGCCGGUGACUUUUGUCCCUUUCAAAACCCAAUGCGAGGAGAAAGUGGCGAAAACAGAAGGCGACGCGGACGGCCUCCUUGCGCCGCUUUCAGAUAGCGACGACGUAACGUCUCGCUCUCCCUACACGGAUGAGGACGAACUGUCUGACGACAAACGCUGGAAAUGCUUCCGCUGCGGGAAAAGUUUCGCCUACAAAUCUCUCUGGAAAACGCACAUGACGGUCCACACCGGAGAGAAAGCCUUCGUCUGCUCUGUCUGCGGUCGAAGAUUCUCUCAAAAAGGAAGCUUGAGAAGACACGCCGCCACGCACGCGGGGAAGAAAGCCUUCGACUGCUCCGUUUGCGGCCAGCGUUUCUCGCAAAAGGGAAGCUUGAGACGACACGCCGUCUCGCACACGGGGGAGAAAGCGUUUGCUUGCUCCGUUUGUGGCUUGCGAUUCUCUUACAAACACACGUUGGCCAACCACUCGCUGACACACACGGGGGAGAAGGCGUUCGCCUGCGCCGUGUGCGGUCGCCGAUUCUUCCAAAAGGUCCACUUGAUAUCCCACUCCAGAACUCACACGGGAGAAAAACCUUUCGCCUGCUCGUUUUGCAAUCGCCGCUUCUCCAUCAAAGCCAAUUUAAGAAUACACACGCGAAUUCACACAGGGGAAAAACCCUUCGCCUGCUCCGUGUGCGGCCAACGCUUUGCAGAGAGCCGCACGCUGACCACGCACGCCAUGAGGCACAGCGGAGAGAGACCGUUUGCUUGCUCGGACUGCGGGAAAAGCUUUUCGACUCGAGCCAAUAUGAAAACGCACACCCGGACGCACACUGGUGAGAAACCCUUCGCCUGCUCAGUUUGCGGUCAGAAAUUCUCCGCCAGGCGCACUUUGAUUACGCACGCUAGACGACACACCGGAGAGAAACCCUUCCCCUGUUCCCUAUGCGGCAAGAAAUUCUCCUCGCAGAGGUACUUCAAGUCUCACAUGAGGACGCACACGGGCGAGAAACCCUUCACCUGCUCCGUGUGCGGUCAAAAAUUUGCACACCAGGGCAACUUAAAGCGUCACAUCAGAGCACACAGCGGCGAUAAACCUUUCACCUGCUCCGUUUGCGGUAAAAGAUUUCCAAGAAAGGAAACAUUUAGAGCGCACGCUAAAACGCACACUUCCUGUUUGGUUUGUGGGCAAAAUUUCUUUCGCAAGGAUCAGGUGAAAAGACAUAUUUGUCCUGGGGAGAAAAGUAGAGACCAGUAACAUUUGAAUGGAGUUAUUACAGUUGUGUUCAAAAGUUUACACUUGUAAAGAACAUAAUGUCAUUGCCCUCUUGAGUUUCCAGUCAUUUCUACAACUCUGAUAUUUCUCUGAUAUUGAUUGAAACGGAUACGUUCUUGUCACAAAAAAUAUUUAUGAAGUUUGGUUCUUUUAUGAUUUAAUUAUGGGUUAACAGAAAAAGUGACAAAAUCUCCUGGGUCAAAAAUAUACAUACAGCAACACUAAUAUUUGGUUACAUGUCCCUUGGCCAUUUUCACUCCAAUUUUGCGCUUUUGGUAGCAAUGUACAAGCUUCUGGUUGAAUCUUUGACCACUCCUCUUGACAAAAUUGAUGCAGUUCAGUUAAAUUUGUUGGCUUUGUGACAUGGAUUUGUUUCUUCAGGAUUGUCCCACAUGUUCUCAAUGAGGUUUAAGUCAGGACUUUAGAAAGGCCAUUCUAAAACCCGAAUUUUAGCCAGAUUUAAACAUUCCAUUACCACUUUUUUAUGUGUGUUUGGGGUCAUUGUCGUGUUAGAACACCCAACUGCGCCCAAGACCCAACCUUCGGGUUUAUGAUUUUAGGUUAUUUUGAAGAAAUUGAAGGUAAUCCUCUUCCUUCAUUUUCCAAUUUACUCUUUAUAAAGCUCCAGUUCCACUGACAGCAAAACAGCCCUACAAAUUUGAAAAUAAUGCCAGAAAACAGUGGAUAGGCUGUAGAGUGAGACACCUUUUGUAUAACCUUUACCAGUUGGCGGUGACGUAAGGAAAAAUGCAGAAUAAACCUUAGGCAUCAGUCGAUCUCGCGUCUCGUCACUCAGAGGGGCUGCUGCACUCAUUGGCUGCCAUUGACAACGAUAUACGUCAAAUCCAAUUCAGCGUAUGUGGAGAAAAUGGGUUGGACACUUACUGCCGCAAUGGGUGCUUUUUUGUUGUUGUUGUUCAGUAAUAAUUAAAACUAACUUACACAUACUCUGGGAUGGCAGUGAAUGAGUCAAAGACUGCGAUAGACGUCCAAUCCAUCUGAUCUGUGAGGGCUGAAAGUCAGUUAUCAUGUUGCUGACCCAGAGGGGGACAAAUAACGUUACCAGAUGGACAUGAGGUAUUCCAUUUCCAGAGAAGGGUGCAGGGUAGGUGGCUGGCCACAUAGGGGCGCUGUCGGCACACAUUUAAAUC